AUGGGGAUACCCACAGACUGUUCUUCCUUGCACAUCUCAGGGUGUGAGGUGAGAGUGGCCUGGCUGGCUUUAGUUCCUCCACCCCAGCCCCAGCAGCUGCUGUACAAGCCUCCUCUGCCCAGGCGGGCGGCUGGAGCACUGACGCUCGACGACCCGGGACUCAGCACCCACUUAACGCCGACCAGCGGCGGGAGGCACCCCGCCAAGAACCACCUGUCUCGAGCCCCUGGAGUCUUCACCUCUGCGGUCUUCUCGCUUCCCUGGGGGAGACGCUUGACAUCCCCGUGGGGCGGCGGAGCGGGUGGGAAGAGCGGCUCGGGCGCCCUAGGGCGAGGCCGCUGGGGAGCGCGAUGCCACGGCUGGGGCUGGCGCUGGGCCGGAGGCGGCGGUGGGGCGGCCCCUGCCAUCCACGUCUUCAGGCUGCGCGCCGGCCAGCCCGAGCCACUGCUGGUGGCGGCCGGGGGAGUGUGUGCCUACCUGAGGCGACAGGAUCGAGACCCGACUUGGGCCGCCCCUGAGAAGCUGGAGGACCGCUCCGAGGCGCUGGGGAGAGGCGGGGCGCUCACCGGGAGGCCGGUGGAGGGGACGCCCGGCUGUUCGCUGCGACAGGGGCCAGAGGACGGCCAGGGCUGCGCGGACGGUUGGGCGACGCUCGGCUGGGCCGCAGCCAGUGGCUUCUGGGGCAGCGGUGGGGUCUGCCCCGCGGCUGGAAGGGGCUCGGCUACUGGGGUGGGGGGUGAUGCCUAGAUUUCCUGCUGGGCUGAUGGAGAAGAUGGGGUGUCUUUAAUGCAUCCCAGCAGUGAGCUUUACCUGCAGCCUCUGACAGUCAUGGAAAAUCAUGGGGAGGUGGAGAUCUGGCCACACCUCAGUUGUAGUCAUUGCUUUUUGAAAGAGUGCCAAUGGCAGGCUGAACUCCAGUUGACUGUGUGCCCAGAGGGCACGGGACUAGCUGCUGGCCCUCUGGUUCUGAUGGUGGUGGUGAAGGUAACUGUUACCCUGAGCCUCCUUAUAGUUUGUGGGGUCUUCAUUCUGGGUAUGGAACAUCCAGCAGAUAUAGCUGAGUCAAGGGCUCACUGAAGUUUCCCCGGCCAAUGUCACUCUGCUCAGACCCUGCCAGAACUCUGCUCUCACCAGGAUGAACUAGAUUUCCUCAUGGAGAUGCUGAUCAUCAGGUGUUUCAGCCAUCAGAACAUCCUGCGCUGCUUGGGGCUCAGCCUCUGGGCUGCCCCUCAUUUAAUUCUGCUGGAAUUGAUGUCUGGAGGAGACAUUAGUUUCCUGAGGCACAGCCACCCACACCUGGUCCAACUGUCACCUCUGUCCAUGCAGGAUCUGCUCAAGUUGGCCCAAUACAUAGCCCGGGACUGCCACUGUCUGGAGGAAAAUCACUUCAUACACUGGUUGGAAGUGCCACCAGGGGCCUUCCUGGAGGGCGUCUUCACAUCCAAGACAGAUUGCUGGUCCUCUGGGGCACUGCUCUGGGAGGUCUUCUCACUGGGACAUGCCUACCCUGGGCACACCAAUCAGGAGCUACUAGACUUGGUUGUCAUUGGGGGGCAGAUGGACCCUCCCAGGCGCUAUCCAGGGCCUGUACUCCCAAUUCAGGAUCCAGGUGUGCCGAUUUCACCCUUGCCAGUGGAGAAAGGGCGCCCUGAGGAGCAAGGGAUUUCAGGUCAGGGGAGCAGGUCUUUGGAAGGCCUAAGAUUGCCACAGCCGGAGCUGGGUCUGGAGAGCUUGAAGAGCUGGAAUGGAACCUCCUUGGCCCCUGACUGCCCUCUGGCUAUGACCCUUCCAAACCGAGGGACCUUUGAGGCAGAAUCUUUGGAAUCCCACCUAUGGUUCCUGUGGUGUAAGGGAUCCUGA